AUGUUAUCCCGAAGCAGUUGUUCGCUUAUUUCAAGCGUUGAAAAAUUUGCUUGUGCUACACAAACAAUUUCAUCUGUUCGAUAUCUUCAUUUAUCUCGAACAAUUUUUGCAGCAACAAAAUCAAAACAAGUAUCAUUAUCACGUCUUGAACCUAAUAAAUAUAUCAAUUAUGAAAAACAUGCAGCAAAUUUGGAAGUUGUUAAAAAACGACUUAAUCAACCAUUAACACUUUCAGAAAAAAUUCUCUAUUCGCAUGCUGAUGAUCCAAAAAAUCAAAACUUUGAACGUGGUAAAUCAUAUCUUCGUUUACGUCCUGAUCGUGUAGCUAUGCAAGAUGCAACUGCACAAAUGGCUGUACUUCAAUUUAUUUCAUCUGGUUUACCAAAUGUUUUAUGUCCAACGACAAUUCAUUGUGAUCAUUUAAUUGAAGCACAAAUUGGUGGUGAACAAGAUUUAAAACGAGCAAAGGAUCUUAAUAAAGAAGUAUAUAACUUCUUAGCUACAGCAAGUGCAAAAUAUGAUAUUGGAUUUUGGAAACCAGGUAGUGGUAUUAUUCAUCAAAUUAUUCUUGAGAAUUAUGCUUAUCCUGGUUUAUUACUUAUCGGUACUGAUAGUCAUACACCAAAUGGAGGUGGUUUAGGUGGACUUUGUAUUGGUGUUGGUGGUGCUGAUGCUGUCGAUGUUAUGGCUAAUAUGCCAUGGGAACUUAAAUGUCCAAAAGUCAUUGGUGUUCGACUUACAGGUGAAUUAAAUGGAUGGACAGCACCAAAAGAUGUUAUUCUUAAAUUAGCUGGUAUUUUAACAGUCAAAGGUGGUACUGGUGCAAUUGUUGAAUAUUUUGGACCUGGUGUUCAAUCGAUAUCAUGCACUGGAAUGGCUACUAUAUGUAAUAUGGGUGCUGAAAUUGGAGCUACAACAUCAGUAUUUCCAUAUAAUGAACGUAUGGCUGAAUAUCUUAAAGCAACAAAACGUGAAGACAUUGCUAAAUUCGCUAAUGAAUAUAAAAAUAGUUUAUUAACUGCUGAUGAAGGCGCAAAAUAUGAUCGUGUUGUUGAUAUUAAUUUAUCUGAACUUGAACCACAUGUUAAUGGUCCAUUUACACCUGAUCUUGCACAUCCUAUUAAUAAAUUAGGUCAAGAAGCAGUAAAAAAUAAAUGGCCACUUGAUAUUCGUGUUGGUCUUAUUGGUAGUUGUACAAAUAGUUCAUAUGAAGAUAUGACACGAUCAGCUAGUGUUGCUCAACAAGCAAUAGAAAAAGGUAUUAAAGCUAAAUCACAAUAUACAGUAACACCAGGUUCAGAACAGAUACGUGCAACAAUUGAACGGGAUGGCAUUGCUGAAAAACUUCGUGCAAUUGGUGGAAUUGUUUUAGCUAAUGCAUGUGGUCCAUGUAUUGGUCAAUGGGAUCGUAAAGAUGUAAAAAAAGGUGAAAAAAAUACUAUUAUUUCAUCUUAUAAUCGUAAUUUUACUGGACGUAAUGAUGCUAAUCCUCAAACACAUGCAUUUGUUGCAUCACCCGAUAUUGUUACAGCUAUGGUUUUAAGUGGUGAUCUUCGUUUUAAUCCAUUAACAGAUUAUUUAACAGCUGCUGAUGGUAGUAAAUUUAAAUUGAAACCACCAACUGGUGAUAAUUUACCAGCUAAAGGUUUUGAUCCUGGUGUUGAUACAUAUCAAGAACCACCAAAAGAUGGUUCAUCACUUAAAGUUGAUGUUGAUCCAAAAAGUACUCGUCUUGAAUUACUUCAACCAUUUCCAAAAUGGGAUGGAAAAGAUUUUAUUGAUUUUCCAAUACUUAUUAAAAUAAAAGGAAAAUGUACAACAGAUCAUAUUAGUGCUGCUGGACCAUGGUUAAAAUAUCGUGGACAUUUAGAUAAUAUUUCAAAUAAUAUGUUUAUUGCAGCUAUUAAUGAAGAAAAUAGUGAAGCAAAUAAUAUAAAAAAUCGUUUAACAAAUCAAUGGGGUAAAGUACCAGAUGUAGCUCGUUAUUAUAAGAGUAAAAAUACUCCAUGGAUUGUAAUUGGUGAUGAAAAUUAUGGUGAAGGUAGUAGUCGUGAACAUGCUGCACUUGAACCAAGACAUCUUGGUGGUCGUGCUAUUAUUGUUAAAAGUUUUGCUCGUAUUCAUGAAACUAAUUUAAAAAAGCAAGGUUUACUUGCUUUAACAUUUGAUAAUCCAAGUGAUUAUGAUAAGAUAAAGCCAGAUGAUAAAAUUUCAUUAGUUGGUCUUAAUAAAUUAGCACCGAAUGAACCUGUCGAAUGUCGUAUUAAACAUGCAAAUGGUAAAAUUGAAACAAUUAAACUUAAUCAUACAUUUAAUGAACCACAAAUUGAAUGGUUUAAAGCUGGAUCAGCACUUAAUGCCAUGCGUGCUUAUUUUGCAUCACAAAAAGAGCAAAAAAAAGCCUAG